AUGCAGUCCAAGCGGGAGUGUGAGCUAUGGUGUGAGAAGGUGAAUCCAGAGAACAAGGCGGCGCUGGAGGCGUGGGUCAGGGAGACGGGUAUCCGACUGGUGCAGGUGAACGGGCAGAGGAAGUAUGGCGGGCCGCCCCCAGGCUGGGUAGGCAGCCCGCCGCCGGCCGGGUCCGAGGUGUUCAUCGGGCGCCUUCCCCAGGACGUGUACGAGCAUCAGCUGAUCCCACUGUUCCAGCGCGUGGGCCGCCUCUACGAGUUCCGCCUAAUGAUGACCUUCAGCGGCCUGAACCGUGGCUUCGCCUACGCUCGCUACAGCUCGCGGCGUGGGGCACAGGCUGCCAUCGCCACGCUGCACAACCACCAGCUGCGGCCCUCCUGCCCACUCCUCGUGUGCCGCAGCACCGAGAAGUGCGAGCUGAGCGUGGACGGGCUGCCGCCGGGUCUGAGCCGCUGCGCUCUAGUGCUCGCGCUGCAGCCGCUGAGUUCCGACCUGCAGGAGGCGCUGCUGCUGCCCAGCCCGGGGCAGGCGAUUGCUCAAAUUGCGCUGCUCAAAUUCAGCUCGCAUCGCGCUGCUGCCAUGGCCAAAAAGGCUCUAGUGGAAGGACAACUGUGCCUCUGUGGAGAGCAGGUGACUGUGGAGUGGCUCAAGCCAGAUGUGAAGCAGCGACUCCGCCAGCAGUUUAUGGGUCCCUCACCUCUGUGCCUACAACCAGAGUGCCGCCGAUUUGCCCUGGCAAGGGACAAGCUAGGGCCCCAAGGAGCUCGAGCUGCCCUGCAACUGCUCUGCCAGCAGAUGAGGCUAGGCAGCCCUGUGUUCCUCACCAAGUGCUUAGGCACAGGCCCUGCUGGCUGGCACUGCUUCUGGUACCAGGUGGUGAUCCCCGGGCAUCCAUUGCCCUACAGUGGCCUCAUCUGGGUUGUGCUGGCCCCAGAAGGGCAGGAUGGGCAUGAGGUGGCCAAGGAUGCUGUGUCUGCACGGCUGCUGGAAGCACUGAGUGAGUCUGGAACCAGCCUCCUGUGCUCUCCUGGGCCUGAGGCAGGUACUAUGGUUAAGCAGUGA